CUUAACACAAUUGAUGGAUUGAUGAACUGAAAAAAGUGCAUUACCCGGGUGGAGGUGAGAUGAAGGAGACUGUGUUCUUUGACGUAUUCACUACUACACCACUCGCACCUCCCUACCAAAUUUUAAUUCUAUUGUGGGACUUUAUAAUUUAAGGUGUUUUCAUGUUUCCUGAAUAAACAUAGUGGUGUCUUUCUGUUUACUGGAGUAUGUGAAGUCGUUUUACCUUAUCGUAGUUUUUCUAAUUGGGAAAAGAUGGAAAGGUCCAGCAUACAGUUACAAAAGAAUACCGGAAAUUAAUUACGUAAUUGGAGGCAACACAUUAUACUCCUCUACAUCAACACAUGGAGGUUCUUCUCCAUGUAUCCUAGUAGCAUAUAUAAACACACACUAUACAUAUAUGCAUAGAACCUUGGUAGACCUAAUGCCUUCGUCCAGAAUGAUUAUACAGUAAAUUACCUAAUAGCCUCAUUUAUUUUUCCUGGAACUCGACUUGAUGGCAGUGUCAAGGCACCUAACCAUUUGCGCGCCAUCUGUUGUCGUGAUGCCGUAACUUACAACCACACCUGCUUGACACCGCUAUACAGUACUGACAGUCUAGUCUUGGUCAUGUAACUGUCCUAAAAUAACCGUCUUUGCUGAUAGUUUAUGAUAUGCAGCAGCAGUUCACUCCCCGUCACCGCCAAAGACGCAUUAUAAGAGGUUUAGUUGCUGUAAGUCUUCCUGUCUGUUGUUGUUGGAAGUGUAUUCACGUCACAUAGUAGUUUUAUAUGGGAGAUAAUCUGAUGUGUUAACGUAAGUAAGGCUUCGUAUAUUCUUUUGAUCAUGGUGUCAUUGGUUGUUAUAGGCAAUAUUGGAUCAUUCAGAGGUAGAUUGGUUAGAUAAGGUUUGGUAAACAAUGGUAGGGGAAAUAUGGGUAUGGAAUUCGCCAAAUAGCAUGAAUUUAUAUAGCAACUCCGACUCUCUCUUUCUUUUUUUUUAUCCUGGUGAAUAUAAAGUGUAAUGGUACUUUUAAGUCUUUUUCUUUUGGUGUUAUCGCUUAUAACGACGCGACAUUGCUACCGGAGCCUAGCAUCAAUCCUCCGUACCCAAGACGUAUAGUGAAGUUCAUUCGUUUCCUAAUUUCUUUUAUUCGGUAUUUUACCAGAGUUUAUUUCAAUUAUAGAAUGUAAAUUUGUUAGCGAGACUAGAAAGAAAACUAUGAAAAUAGCUCUUAAUCUGUUUCAAGUUUCUAGGGAGGGCUAUGGCGUUAAGCCUUCGAUAGCAUACGACCUAAACUAAACAAGUCUGUAGUGGUAGUUCCUUUGACAUAUUUGAUGGUAGUCUCUUGCUAUAUGUGGUGGUGGUCCUCUACAAUAUAAGUGUGGUUUUCAGAGCAAAGUUAAAUGGUUCUGACUUAAGACUAUUAACACCUGUACAUGAGGUGAGGACAAAGACGCUACUGAUUUUACACCAUUUUUACAGAGGAUCUUUGUAUGUGGUUCAGUGACGAAUAGACAUUAAUGGAUUUUUAUUCUCGCCGGCAGUGUACAUCAGGACAAAGGUGUCUGCAGAACGGGGAUCAUGGCGCUGACCUCCUUGUGGGGCGUGUUGAUCCUGGCGGUCCUGCUGCUGGUGGUAUAUGACGCGGCAGCUGAGAUGAGGCAAGAGGACCCCCUGGAUCACACCUUGGCGAUGGACUACGUGGAAGUGAACGUAACCAUCCCUGGCGACGACGGCGGCCGGCUGCUGGACGAGGUGUGGUCUAGCCUCCACACCGUGACGAUGACCCACGACAAAGAAGCUCUUAUGGCAAGGUUCCGGGUGGAUGCUGUGACGACAUGGCAGGAUCAUAUGAAGUCUUUAGUGGAGGUGCAUCACAGACGACGCAGAGCUCACGCCGUCCCCACCAAACUCACCAGGGACCUGAAGGGCUAUUGGAUGAUGACUGGCUUGACUGAAAACGUAAACAUGAAGUUGAAAACGUUCGCGUCGCCGAGUGGAGCCAUCUCUAUGGUGAUGGUGGAGCACGCCGGCCUCCUCUUCUGGCUGGUGACGAGCUCCUACACACUCCAGAACCCGGGUACUCUACACGUCUACAUGCUACACCUGGAGAGUGAUGUACUACAGUCGACGUCGGUGCCAACCUUGGGUGCCCAAAAGUGUCAACCAGUGCUGCUGCUGGAUAUCUUCAUUGAAUUGGUGUGUGUGGAGUCCCUGGCAGACCAAUUCCCAGACAAGAUACGGGUCGGGAGUGGCGUGUACCGGGUCACCUGGACAAACGGCCUCCAGGUAGCAUUCAAGCGUGGCCUCUCGACUUCAGGCGCCCAGGACGUGACGAUGUGGAGGACAGGCGAUGAUACCUUCCUGGCGUUCGCUAACUCCUACGACUACACCAAGCAGACGGGCGAGAUCAACAGUGUCAUCUAUAAGGUAAAGGUGACGGUCAUGACGUCCCUCGAGGUGUACAGCAGUUAUGACCGUCUGGAUAGCGCCUCCUUCAACACCAAGCACGCCAUGGGGGUCGAGGCGUUCACCAUCCAGUCGAGGCAGUUCCUGGUCGUCGCCAACCACCAUGAUGACAAAGGUAACCCGAACAUCGAGAGCGAGAUCUUUGUUUACGAUCCGACACGGUCGAGGAUGCAGCCCUUCCAAAGGAUCCUAACCAGAGGAGCUCGAGACUGGGUGGCCUUCAGUUUCACCAGCGGGCCAGACGCAGAGUACUUCCUCGCUGUGGCCAAUGAGUACACACUAGACUACGAAGGGAACCGGAAUUACGCUGUUGAGUCUGUAAUCUACCGCUACGAAGACAACAAAUUCAUCCCCUUCCAAUGCAUCCAGACUUACGGCGCCAGGGAGUGGGCGGUUUACCAGGGCCCCCAGGGUGAGCUGUUACUGGCAGUGGUCAACGGUCAGACGGGGGUGGCCUUCUACCAAUACAACGGGUGGACCUUCGUCAAUAUAAACUUCAAGGUCUCCACUGCUGGAGCAGAGAGGGUGUGGAUUGGUAGUCUACCAAAUACCUUGAACCAGGUGGUGGUUACGGUAGCCAAUCCCCAGGACCCAACCAACCGUCCGUUGGUGUUCUACACACAGUGGCAGUACAUCAGCCCCCUGGCGGAUUACCAUAGAGAGGCCCGGGCGUGGUGCGAGUCAUUCACUGAACGGAUUAUGGGUGACGACCUGGCCGGGGCAAUGGUGAAGGCUGGUAUCUGCACCAACAGGGAGGAGUCUUACACCUUCACGCGACAUGUCACUAUCACCGGCGACCUCACUGUCCACUACCAAGGCUACGUGUCCCAAGUGGAUCCUAUUACGGUCAAUCCAGAGGGCAUCCAGGUGACAGACGAGAUCACUGUGAGCAUCAUGAGGGUGUUUAACAAGCUGCGGGAGCUGACGCGGUUAGAGAGGGAGUCCCGCACUCAAUUUGGCCGCUCUAUGAGGCUAUACCAACCUAACCUCCAUGGUCACAAAUUCUCGACCCUGAGGAUAACGUGUAGGCUUGAUGGUGGUGGUGGUGGGCAGCGAGAUGGUUGUUAUGUGGCCAACCUGCAGGUACAGGAGAUCAACGGCGUCGAUAGCACCUUCAACAACGCUGUUUGGUUACAUAAAGACAACGGGGAACUUAACCUCACUCUGAGUGACGUGGUCAUAACUAAGGGCGGGACAGCGACUGUGGCCUUCCUCAGUGGUCCUGGUCUGCCCUUGACUCCCACCUCCCAACUGGUGACUCUCACUGGCUCUCAUACCAUCGUCGGGGAGAAGAACUUCGGGUUCAUAAAGGUGGAGGCUCUUCAGGUAGCUGGCACAGUGGAUGGUGUCGUGGUGGAUGGAAACCUGUUGUUGACCGUCGGGGAGCAGCACCUACAAGGACGCGUCACCAUGGCCUCCCUCUACACACCCAGCCUCCACCUCUACCUCCUCAACGAUCAGCCCUUCACCAAGUUCCUGGAUGACCUGGUGCUGAAGGAUGUCUCGCAAAACAUAACCGGUCUGAUAAGGGUGAUGGGGAACCUGGUGGCACCGACCAUGAUGAGCACAAGGGUCCUAACCCCAUUAGACCCUGAGACCGCCUUCUACACUGCCCUCCUUCAUACCACCACCGACCUGCAGACCAUCACAGGUGUGCACACGGUAGGAGGAUUGGAGGUGGGGUCGGAGCUGACUGUGUCUGGCAGGGUGAACGGCGUGAAGGUGCCGGAGGAUUUGUACCUAAGGAAUGGACCAGAUGAGGUCAUUUACAUUCCCACCACCUUUGUCUCGGUGACCGCAGACUCCAUCUUCAUUCACAAAAAUCUUAACGAUAUCCAGCAAGUUGAUGGGUCACUGUCGGUGAUGGUCGUGGACGGGGAGCAAGUGGUGAGCAGCGUCAAGGUGUUCACUCAACUAGACAUACUCGGACACUCCACUGUGGCACUCAAGGUCUCUGGUCAUUACCUCGGCGACUUUAUGAAGAACGUACAGCAGGAAUUCAUCCAGGGUCUUGAGUCUGGUAUAGAGGUGAAGGGAUCUAUGAUAUUCCACGACGACCUUCAAGUCCAGGACGACCAACUGGAUGGAGCGAGUCUGUCCAGGAUACGAAACUCUGCCAUACCUCUUACUGCCACCUACAUAGCCGUUCCUCUCGUCUUCCAGGGCCAAGUUCAGCUGGGCGGUAACGUGGAGGUGACAGACAGACUGAACGGCGAGAGCGUCCACCUGUACGUCCUCACACACGGCACACACACCUUCACCAACACCAUAACCUUUAAGAACGGUCUGAGAGUUGAGGGAGACGUGACCACUGGAUCGAUGAAGCCACAUGACGUGGGUGUUCUGGCGUCACAGCUGGUGUUGAGGAACAAGAACCAGACCAUCGUGCAAAACCUCUACUUCCUGCAGCCCGUCAUGGCAGACUUAUGGGUGACAGGCGUGGUGUUGAUCAACGGCGUGGACCUUAACGAUGUUGUUACCCUCACCGGCACGACUGUCAUAACUGGGAGGAAGACGUUCACCUUCCUGAGAGUACUGACGGAGACGAGGAUGUCUGCAGUGGAUGUGGGUCACUGUGGCACCGUCGACGGGGUCGUCUGGACUGAGCUCUUCUUCUCGGACUCCCUCCGGAAGAACGGUGGUGGCAGUGUACAGACGCUGACUGGCAGGUUCGUUUACGGUCUGAUGGCUCACUCGGCCACGGGUACAGACUUGGGCAACUGGGAGAGGCGGCUGGUGUACAAGGACACCACUGAGUACAUUGCAGGCUCUCUCAUGUUCACUGGAGAAGUUGUAGUCGAGGUUCUCACAUUCGGCAGAGACUUUGACGGAGUGUCUGCCGAGGAGUAUAGUUCCGGGUGGCUGCUGAAGGACGGUGAUCAGUCGCUGCUGGGUCUCAACACCUUGACAAACGUAAAGGCGGCGGCAGUUACCUUCGAGGGCGUCUACCUGCAGACAGUAGAGUGGAGUCGCCUGUUACACAUGACGGCCAAGGUGGACGAGGUCACUACUAUUCACAGCGCUUCCUUUGGUCACGUGUAUGGCAAGGAGAUCAUCCUGUCCGGGACCAUUCAAGGUUGGGACCUCAGUGUCGACGCUCUAAUAGCCUCUGCCGAAACCCAGAAGAUAACUGGGAAGAAGACUUUCUUAUCACUCGUGCUCUACUCCGGUAUCUUCACCAUGCUGAAGGGUAUGUUGGUGAGCAACAGUGAGUUUGACGACCCUGUGCUCGUCAACCUCCAAACUCUUGCUGACCUCUUGGCUCUCCGUGACACCGUCGUCUACAUAGACUCUCUCACCGUCCAUGGCGACGUUCACUUUGGGAGGGACGUGAGAUUGUUUGAUCACCUGAACGACGAGGACUUGACGACCCUGUUGGAGGAGUUCUGGUUGAGUGAUCUCCCCGCCAGCGUCUCCGUCACCGCCUCCUUCAAUACUGUCGUCCUGCAGCCUGGUGUUUACCUUAUACUCCGGGGUCUGUUGAAUGGGGUGGACGUAGAGACCUUGAGGGACACCGUGCUGCUGAAGGAGUGCGAGGGAAGCCAGGUGUUGUCUGGCUCCUUUGUCAUCGAAUCCCUCACCGUCACUCGACUUGACACCUACACAUUGGACUCUAAAGAUGAUUGGCUCUCGCGAGCACUACAGAACCUGCUACUGACAGAUGGUGACCAGGUGAUAUCAGGCGUCCUCACCAUGCAGCACCUGACGGCAAAAGCCUCCAUGUUGCUGAACGGUACACUGAACGGGUUGUGGAUGGGGCGGGACUUCGUGAUACGGGGACAACCAGCGACCAUCAGCGGCAAUAAAGUGUUCCUGCAGGACGUGACUGUUGUGGGAGACCUUAGCCCUCGGCCCUACGCGCUUGUCCAGGGUGUGGACGUGUCUGAGUUUGCCAAGAUGGUGGUGAUGGCCGGGGCUGACGGUGUCUACUUCAUCCCUGGAGUCACGACGUUCAUGGGCCUUAGGAUCCUCCAGACUCUGAGUGUUGCUGGGACGGUGGAUGGAGUGAUGAUGAGCAGGAACCUACUGUUAAUGAGGGACGGCGAACAGACGAUGAGUGGCGUGUUGACCGUUUCUGCCGCAGGACUGGACUUGCUCGCCGUUCUGGUCAACAACUCCAUCACCAUUCUUGACCACUUCUUCAACGAUAUUGAUUUAGAGAGACUGCGCCUCUACACGGUCAAGACGCAGGGUGACAUGGUGAUCACUGGCGCCGUGGUGUUCCUAGAGGUGGUGACUGCGACGGAGGUGUGGCUAGUGAACCACAUGAUCAACGGCUACAACAUAACUGACCUGGCACUGUGCCUCCUGGGCCAGCAUAUCGUCCACAACAUGGGCAACGAAAUGGCGCACAUCCUAGAGGCAGCGCAUGAUGUGAAGACGGUUCUCUCGGGUGCACCAGACGAUCUGUGGUACUACCAGGAACAAUACUUGGCUACACCCCUACACAAGCUACUCCCAGUACAGUUGUCGGGUGAGCUGAUGGUGGACGGGGUGGACACACUGGUGGGGCUGGACAGAGUUGGUGGCCGCGUCCGGAUCUACAACAUCACCACCAUGGCGGAGCUGUAUCCGGCCAUCCCUGUGGUAGAGUCGACGGCAGCGGCAGGUCUUGGUAGUGGUAUGCUGGCCGUGUGUAGCUCUACAGGCCUGGUGGCUGCUCCCCUCGGGACACUGCUCACUGCUACCUACACUCAAGUGGGGGCAGGUCCUGGUGCAGGUUACGGCCACGUGUACCUGUUGAGCGGUGGGAUGGUGAGGCUGGAGGCUGCUUUCAGAGUACAACAGUGUCGUGACCUGGUGAGCUUCACUGUUGAGGGUCAGGUGUGUUUGGCGGUGCUUGAAGACUACUCGAGCUUCACGGUGAUGUGCAAGACACCUGGCUCAUCCUUCUACCUGAUCAACAUCUUACUCCCCACCACGGCCGUCAAGGGAUCGUGGAUGGUGAUAGGAGGCACUACCUUCCUGAUGACGAUACAAGAGGGCAGCACCACCCUCCCAGCCCACCUUCAUAUAUAUGGUUAUGACAGCUUUGAGAGCCAGAUGGUGAUGAUCCACAGUCUGGUUAUGUCCGGCGCCAGGUCAGUUUCUACCCUGAGUCGAGGCUUCUGGGGGCUGGUGACUGUAACUCGCCCCCAUUCCACGUACCUGGUAGGCAAGGUGGUCAUCUUCAAGGCUACACCUGUGGCUAAUACACUCACGCUCACACUAGUCCAGAACCUGGAGGUGGAGGGGGCGGUGGAAAGCAGACUUGGGAUGAUGCCGACAGGGGAGUUGGCGCUCUACGUACAGACCCACCACAACCUGCUGCUCUACUUCCGUAAGGGUGACCUCUUCGUCUUCCACAGAGAGAUUGAGACGACACCUGCCCUUCAUCCGUUCUCGUUCCCGUUCCUGCACGGUGCCACCAACAGGGCCAUGGUGGCGUACACAGGCGUCGGCCUCCUGAAGGUGUACGACGACCUGCCCACACUCCAGCUGGCUACACCCACACUAUAUGCUUCCGUCUACAAGCAACGUAUCUCUAUUUAGACACUUAUACAAUGUUUUAGAUUAAGAAAUAUAUUCUAUUGUUA